AUGGGCGACACCGACGUUCCCGCGUUGGACGGCCUAUCCGUACGCAUCGACCAAGGCGCGUACGUAUCGGUCGUCGGGCCCUCGGGUUCGGGCAAGUCGACGAUGAUGAAUCUGAUCGGAUGCCUCGAUCGUCCAACGCGCGGCACCUAUCACCUGUCCGGGAUCGACGUGAAGAUGUCCGAGAACGACCUCGCGGACGUCCGCAAUCGCCGCAUCGGAUUCGUGUUCCAGACGUUUAAUCUUUUGCCGCGACUCACCGCGUACGAGAACGUCGAGCUUCCGUUAAUUUACCGUGGGCUACCUGGCAACGAGCGGAAGCGGCGCGUUCACACCCGACUCGACGAGGUCGGCCUCGCCGACCGGAUGGGGCACCGACCGACGGAGCUAUCGGGCGGACCGCAGCGCGUCGCCGUCGCAAGAGCACUCGUCACCACCCCGAUCCUCUUGGCCGACGAACCAACCGGUAACCUCGAUCAGAAAACCGGGCAGGAGAUCUUGGGCCUGUUCGAAACGCUGCACGAGGCGGGGCAGACGAUCGUUCUCGUGACGCACGAUCCGGAGGUCGCGGAGCAAGCACACCGAGUCCUCGAAAUUCGUGAUGGUGCCGUGCGGGUCGACCGGCCAUCCGAGCGGGCGGUCGCGUGA